AUGAAGGCGCUGCAGCCGGGCUCCUCCCUCUUUGUGUUGUUUGCGGCUGCUGCGGCUGCUCCUGCUGCUCCUGCUGCUGCUGCUGCUGACACCCAGUCUCUGCCUGAGGAGGAUGGAGUUUUGCAGCUGACCACAGAGGAUUUUAACACGGCUCUGAGAAAAUACCAGCAGCUCCUGGUGCAUUUCUAUACACCUCUGUAUCAAGAAGGCCUACGUGUGAAGGCAGCUUUCGAAGGUGCUGCUUCAGAACUUCAGGGGUCAGAGGUCAAAUUUGCUGUGGUCGAUGUGACAAAGGAAAAGGACUUGGCCAAAGAGUUGAAUGCCACCAGUUCAGCCGGUAUCAGGCUGUACUUGGACGGAGAUAAAUACAACCCUGUACCUUGCCCAGUUCCCCAGAAUUCAGCGUCCAUCGUCACCUGGUUAAAACGAAGGGCGGGGUCUGCUGCUGACCUCAUCACUGAUCUUGGCCAAUUAGAGACCUCAGAGGAAGUGACAGUGGUUGGAUUCUUCAAGGAACUGGACCAUGACUACGUUCAGGUGUUCUACUCCGCAGCCAUCGACCUUCCUGACAUGAAGUUUGCUGUGACACAGAACAGUGAAGUCAUCAGAAAGUAUGGACAGACACAUGAUGUGGUGCUGCUGCUGAAAAAGUCUAAAACCAUUCAGGUUCAUAAAAUAACGCCUCUGACGUCCAAAGAGGAUUUGAUUGUCUUUAUCACUGUUUUCUCCAUGGAACCUGUCACCGAAUACACUGGAAAGACAGCUUCUCAGAUUCUUUCCUCCCCAGUUUUGAAUCACCUCCUACUGUUCAUCAGAAAAAGCUCCGCAGACUUUCAGGAGAUUUACUCUGCUUUUACCAACGCAGCUCUGGCCUUCAGGUUAAAGAUUUUGUUCGUGUUGGUCAAUGUGGACGAGUCUCGUAAUGGCCGCCUGAUGGAGUACUUCAGGGUAAAAGAUUUUGAAGCCCCCCUCGUCCGAAUGAUCAACAUGACAGAUCAAGUGACCUUUCAGCUGCCCUCAGAUUAUCCGGAUGAGGAGACUGUAAAGCAGUUCUGUCAAUCCUACCUGGACGGCAAGGCUAAGCCUAAGAUGCGGAGUGAACCGAUACCUGAGCGAUGGGAUGAAAAGCCUGUGAAGGAGCUGGUGGGACUGACCCUGGAGAAAGUGGGCUUCAACCCUAACAAGACUGUUUUUGUCCUGUUCUAUGUGCCCUACAGCCAGAGGUCCCAGGCUCUGUUUCCACUGUGGGAGGACCUGGCCAAGGCCUUGAAGCAUCGAGAAGAUGUGAUAAUCGCUCGUUUCGAUGCCUCAGCCAAUGACAUCAACAUGUCAAUGCAGGGCCCCUACCCGACACUGUAUCUGUUUCCUGCUCUGUGCAGUGAACGAAUGGUGUUUUACACCGGGGAGAGGAAGCUGAAGGACCUGCUUGUAUUUUUGGAUGAAGAGAUGGAGAAAGCCAAAAAAUACAGAGUUGUGGAGGACGAAGAAAGAAAGAAGUACAUGGAUGCACUGAACGCUGAGAAAGCAAAAAGAGCCAAUAAACAAAGCAAAGAUGAGUUUUAGCACUAGGACAAAGACAGUACUGGGUGUGUGUGUGAGAGAUAGAGAGUUUGUUUCAGUGCAUUGUACUAUUCUUUGUUAAUCACACUGAAUAAAAUGAAGUACAAUCAC